UCCCCCUGCAGGGGCUGUUUGCGGGGUGGGGUGGGGGGUUCGCUAUGUCGGAUGACGAUUCGAGGGCCAGCACCAGCUCCUCCUCAUCUUCGUCCUCCAACCAGCAAACCGAGAAAGAAACAAACACCCCCAAGAAGAAGGAGAGUAAAGUCAGCAUGAGCAAAAACUCCAAACUCCUCUCUACCAGCGCCAAGAGGAUUCAGAAGGAACUGGCAGACAUCACUUUAGAUCCUCCACCUAACUGCAGUGCUGGUCCCAAAGGUGAUAACAUCUAUGAAUGGAGAUCAACCAUUCUGGGGCCUCCAGGAUCCGUGUAUGAGGGUGGUGUAUUCUUCCUUGAUAUCACUUUUACGCCAGAAUACCCCUUCAAGCCUCCAAAGGUUACAUUUCGGACAAGAAUCUAUCAUUGUAAUAUUAACAGUCAAGGAGUUAUUUGCUUGGACAUAUUAAAAGAUAAUUGGAGUCCAGCACUAACCAUUUCUAAAGUUCUCCUUUCUAUCUGCUCCCUUCUUACAGACUGUAAUCCUGCUGACCCUUUGGUGGGAAGUAUUGCCACUCAGUAUAUGACCAACAGAGCAGAACAUGACAGAAUGGCCAGACAGUGGACCAAGAGAUACGCUACAUAAAUUGGGUUUUCACAAUUCUUACGUUAUUUGUCUGUCACAGAGAGAGCUGCUUAUGAUUUUGAAGGGGUGGGGGAGGGUGGGAGUUGGUAAAGAGUAGGGUAUUUCUAUAACAGAUAUUAUUCAGUCUUAUUUCCUAAGAUUUUGUUGUAACUUAAGGUAUCUUGCUACAGUAGACAGAAUUGGUAAUAGCAACUUCUAAAACUGUCAUUAGUUCUGCAAUAUAGCUGAAAUGUAGUACAGAGAAUAGACAUUUGGGUUCAGUUGCUUGUAGUCUGUAAAUUUAAAAUAGCUUAAUUUUGUACAGGUUACACACAUGGCCAUUUAUGUAAAUUCCUUCCAAGACUACACAUUUUUUUUGUUCAAAAAAAAUUUGUUUUCCCUUGGGAGGGAACAUUGAUAUUUAACAGUUUUUAGAGACGGUCAUCUCAUAUAUAAAAUGGAUACGUGGCUAUAAGACACCAUAUAGGAAAUGAGUAGUUAUGUAUUUUAUUUUAUAUGCCAAUCUACUUUAUUGUGACAAGAUAAGAGCUUUGAAUCACAACUUGUGAAAACCUGUAGUAAAAUACCUUAAGCUGUUAACUGUAAGGUGUGGAAUAGGAGUUGCUCAGUGGAUUGGUUAUAUGUUGUGGACUACUUAAGUCUGCAUUUGUUACUGUGCUAAUAAACAAUAUUAAAACAACCACCUAA